AUGGGGUGUGGGGAGACACGGGAGCCCCGGGGGGCUGGGAGGGAGGAGGAGGAGGCAGCGGGAGAGAGGUUGAGGGCCAAGCCUCCAAAGGGUGAAUCAAGUGAACACUUUGUCUUUGUCCGGAGGCAGAAGGAUAAGGAGGUCCAGGAAUAUUCUGAUUUUGCCAAGGAGUUCCACCAGUAUUGCAACAUCUACAAGUGGCACAAAAGCAACCAACACAAAUGGCUCCAUGGGGAUGUGCAGAGAAAGGUGGAUGCCAAAAUGCAGGAAUAUCUGGCAGGGCUUCAUGAAAGAAGAGAGAGGCUUCGUGAGCUUCUGGAGGGAGAGGAAAGUCAGUACCUUGUUGAGAUUGAUUCACUUGAAGAAACAGUCCAGGGGAGACAACAGAAAAUGAGGGAAACUGUCUCUACAAGAAGAACACUAGUUCUUUUCUUUCAACUGGCGGAUGAAAAACGAGAGCAGCAAUUCAGACAACAAUGUGAUGAGCUUCGCUUGCUGUUGAUGAAGAAGCAUCAGAAGGAAGUGUGUGAAGACCGGUUGGCCCAGGUAGCUCUGAAGGAGGAGCUGAAAAAGCAGCAGCAGAAGGAGGAGCAGAUGUUUGCUGAGCUUUGGAAAGAGGACAGGUUGGCUAAGGAAAAGAGAGAAGUGAAGGAGAUGCAGAGAUUGGCCAAGCAGCAGCGGGAAGUCCGUGAUGGGCUCAGUGCCCAGGUAGCAGAGCUCAACGCUCAGCAGGAGGAGGCCAGGAGGUUGAAGGAGGAAGAAGCUCAGUUGUUGGAAGAGGAGCAGCAGCUGCUUCAGCAGGGAAAGGAGCAACUUCAGAAAGAGGAACUCCAGAAGCAGAAGGAAUGCAGGGAUAUGUUGCUCAGUGCAGCCCAGGAGAAGCAGAAACGUCUUGAUGAGGAAAAACAAGAUGAACUUGCCCUCGAGUUGAAGAUCUUGGAAAAAUGUCUUCAGGACCCCCAGAAAGACACUGAGGAGAAAACAAAAAGAAAACAAGAGCUGUUAAGGGAGCAGCAGACAUACCUGGCACACCUGGCUCAACAGCUGGAGGAGGAGAGACAGCGAGAACAAGAAGCAGAGAGAGCCCACAAGGAAGAGAUUGAGAAGGUUUGGGCUAAGAAGGCAGAGAAAAUGAGAGCAGAAAAGGAGGCUAGAAAGCAGCUACUGAAGGAUGUCAUGGACACAUGGCAAUGGCAGAUAGAGCAGAAAGUGCAGAGAAAUGUGAAGGAGCAGGAAGAACUUGCUGAGGAGAAGAAGUUAUUAGAUGAAGCAAUCUCGGAACUCAACCACAUAGAAGAGAAGAAAUAUGCAAGGAAACUAAAGGAAGCCAAAGAAUACCAGGAGCACCUCAGGGCUCAGAUUGCCCAUCGAGAACAGGCACGUGAUGCUGAGGAAGAGGAGAAGCAACGAGAGUAUGAAUCAGCUCGUGAAGAAGAGAGAGCCUACCAGGAGAGGAUACAGAACAUGUUAUCAAAUCCUUGGAGGAAACCAGCAGCCAUCCACCCUUUCAGAAGACAAGUCCUGUCUAACUCCCUACAACAGAAUUUACACUGA